AUGGAACAGGUUAAGCCUGUGAAUUUCAUUACAGUUCUUAGCAUUGAUGGCGGAGGAGUCCGAGGAAUCAUUCCUGGUGUUGUUCUUGCCUAUCUUGAAUCUCAACUUCAGGAGAUAGAUGGUGCUAAUGCAAGACAUGCAGAUUAUUUUGAUGUAAUUGCUGGAACAAGUACUGGUGGUCUCAUUACAGCCAUGUUAACUGCUCCUAAUCCAAACAACCGUCCUUUAUUUGCUGCCAGAGAAAUCGUUCCAUUUUACCUUAAAAACAUGCCACUUAUAUUUCCACAGAAUAGUGGAAUAUUUGCACCGCUGGUGAACACAGCGAAAGCUUUAACAGGACCUAAGUACAACGGAGAGUAUCUCCAGAAGACAAUAAAAGAGAUGACAGAAAAUACACUUUUGAGCCAAACUGUCACAAAUAUUGUUAUUCCAUCUUUCGAUGUUGAAAAACUUCAGCCUACCAUUUUUUCUUCCUAUCAGGUAUUGGCGUUGAUUCUUGUUUUUUAA